UUUAUUUAAGCGUAUAAUUAAAUUAUCACAACUAUUUUCCUUCGCAAUUAUAUUUAUUUUGUACUUUGAAUUAUUCCGAGAAUUAAAUCAAUAAUUCCCCACUAUUAAAUUAUCGGCCCAAGGAUUUAAUUAAUCUGACCCAAAAUAAUUAUUUACUUAGUCCACCUUAUUUCUCCACUUUAAAUUUUAAAGCCCAACACAAAUUAAAUGGAGCCCAAACCAAACAAAACAUCCCACUUAAUUGUUGAGGCCCAAUUUCUAAAAAAACAAAGGCCCACUAUACUCUCAUCAUCCCCACGCCUCUCUCUUUCUAUCUCCCUAUCUCUCAAUUUCUUUUUCUCUCGACAAAUUGAAGCUAACUCUCUCAGAUUCCCGUUGGCUUCUCCCUUGAUUUCACCGGAGCUGGCUACUGCUUUCUGAUUUCGCCUGAGAUGGCUACUUAUUUCAGCGAUUUCGCUGCCGAUUCGUCAUCAUUUUCCAGCCCCUGCGUCCGUAAGACGCCGCUGCUCCGUCGCCGCCGGGAAGAGCUACUGCUGGCCGCGUCCACGCUGUCGCUCAACGCCGGUGCCGUUGCCAUCGCGUUCGGUCACAGCAUCCACGCGGUCGCCGUCGGGUUCUCUCAGCUCCAGUGCCGUCCCCGUCGGGUUCGGUCACAACAGGCUGCGGUCAGCCACCGUCAGAAGACGCAGCGCCACCGCCGUCUGCAGUUCGCCCCUGCCGUGGUCCGCUCGCUGUUCGAGCAGCCCCGAAACCAAUCCGAUCUAUCCCGCAAAUUGGUUACAAUUUAUGAGAUGCACAAAAAUGAGGCUAUUGUCAGGGAAUUGAUGUACCUUUGGAGAGAAGAAAUUGCCUAGCAGCAAAAUUUAAAAGGAAUCACGGCAGUUCUGUUUUCCUCUCAACUUUUGUUUGAUCGAGCAGUUGCAAUUCCAAGGAGAUUUGUCUACAUUGUUUUCCUCCGAUUUUGAAUGUAUGAGAUUGUGUUGUGAUUAAUAUAGAGGGACGGUUGUUACAGAUA